UCCUCCUCAAGUGGCGCGAGCGCCCAACUACUCUACGAGCCGUCGCCCAUGGAUGUAAUCAUCGUCAAGUCGAUGUUGCAGCAGGGACUGAGGCUACCACCCGAGGUCGUGCUGUCCAUCGUCGAAGCCGCCGAAUACUGGCCUCACACAACAGCCCUCCUCGAUGCCAGUGUCACUGUCAGGUCUGGCAGGGCAACGGAGAACCACUUCCUGCUGCGCUCGCAGCCUCUGGGCUUCACCAGGAAGACGCACUACGACGACCGCCAUUACGCCCUUACAAGAGCCCCGCCACAGCCUCUCUCCCCUGACGGCGAAUACCCAGUUUCCCAGUUCCAGAGUUGGAUCCAAAGCCCCACCAGCACUCUCGAGCACCCGUGCCGCAAGAUCGUCUUCACCAUCACCAGCCACGACCAGGGCUGGUCAGGCAACGCUCUACGAGACAGGGGGUCCUACAGGGGCUCCAACACCUUCUUCUGCGCUGGUCUGGAGAGGUUUGACAAGAACGCUGCCCGUCCCCAAGGGUGUUUAGAAAGGGAACCUCAGGCAGAGGAGGACGCGGAACCUCUUCACGACGAUCCGCUCCCUGAUCCGUAUUUGCCCGUCUACGCCCUGCGACCCAUCCACCCGGCUGUUUAUGCCGACCGACCUGAGUUUGAUCACCCCCUUCAUCCCGACCGCCAGCUUACUAUCCAGCACAACAAGACCGCCAUCCGCGAUCCCACCACUCACGUGGUGGUUUGGUCUUGGAACGACGACAAGGACCCACUCACCGCCGAGGAACUGAAGGAGAUGGGCCGCGGUGAGGCGACGGGUGAUGGUGCUUUUGUCCGGAGCCUGAAGCUGGGUGAUGUCGUCACCGUCUGGGCUAUGUCCAGAUUCGGCAGCUGGGUCAACUUUGUCCAGUCUGUCAAGGUCGAUAUCUACUGGUCCCUAUGA